AUGGCUACUCAAUCUACCAUCCGAUCCAUCAAGUCGGUUGUGCCUCUUCUCGACCGGGUGCUCGUGCAGCGUUUCAAGCCCGAAACCAAGACCUCUUCGGGUAUCUUUCUCCCUUCCUCAGCCGCCUCUUCCCCCCUUCCCGAGGCUAGUGUCAUUGCCACUGGACCCGGUGCUCCUGACAAGGACGGGAAGAUCGUUCCCACCUCAGUCAAGUCCGGUGACAAGGUACUCCUCCCAAGCUGGGGUGGCAACUCGAUCAAGGUUGGUGAGGACGAGUACUUGCUCAUCCGCGACUCGGAGAUCCUUGCUAAGAUCACCGAGUAA